UGUGUCCGCCGAGUGGACCCGGAGUAGAACCUACUGAAAACUGAGACCCGACACACACACGCGCGCGCACACACACACACACAAACACACACACAUACCUCUUGACCAUGACGGACACUGCAGCCGAAGAAGACAAGGACCCCGAUAUUGAGCUAUUUGUCAAGGCAGGGAGCGAUGGCGAGAGCAUUGGGAAUUGCCCCUUCUCCCAGCGGAUCUUCAUGAUCCUCUGGCUGAAGGGCGUCGUCUUCAACGUGACCACCGUCGACCUAAAGAGGAAACCGGCCGACCUCCAUAACCUGGCGCCGGGGACCCACCCGCCCUUCCUCACCUUCCAGGGGGAGGUGCUCACCGACGUCAACAAGAUUGAGGAGUUCCUGGAGGCCAUGUUGGCUCCGCCCAAGUAUCCCAGGCUCGCCGCCAAGAACCGCAAGUCCAACACAGCCGGCAACGACAUCUUCGCCAAGUUCUCGGCGUACGUCAAGAACACCAGGGCGGAUAAGAACCGAUCGCUGGAGAAGAGUCUGAACAAGGCUCUGGCUGAGCUGGAUGAGUACCUGAUGAAGCCCAUGGAGGACGAGGACCAGGGGCGCCACGGGGUGGAGUCCACCCGCCGGUACCUGGAUGGGGACGAGCUGACGCUGGCCGACUGCAACCUCCUGCCCAAGCUUCAUGUGGUAAAGGUGGUGGCGAAGAAAUACAGAAACUACGACAUCCCGUCGGAAUUCCGGGGCGUGUGGCGUUACCUGAGGAACGCCUACGAGCGCGACGAGUUCAUCAACACGUCCGCGUCCAACGAGGAGAUCGAGCUGGCCUACAAGGACGUGGCCAAGCGGCUGGGGAAGUGAACAAUGAAGCUUCAUGAACCACUGUCUUUAUUUUCUGAAGCCACUAGAUGGUGCUAUCUGUCCAAGAAAUGUUUGACAGCUUACUUCAUUGUCUGCCCCUCCCUCUGUCUGAGAACCAAUGGUACCACCUAGUGGCAUCAGAAAUUAAACUCAGUGGUUCAUGAAGCUUCAUGAGGCUUCAUAAAGCUUCAUGAAUUUUCAAGAACCACUGACUUUAUUUUCUGAAGCCACUAGAUGGGGCUCUUUGUUCAAGAAACGUUUGAGAGCUCACUUCAAUGCCAGUCCUCCAACCUCUAUCUUAGAACCAAGUGUGCCAUCUAGUGGCUUCAAAAAUUAAGCUCAGUGGUUCGUGAAGCUUCAUGAGGCUUCAUGAACCACUGUCUGUAUUUUCUGAAGCCACUAGAUGGUGCUAUUUGUUCAACAUUUGAGAGUUCACUUCAUUGUCAGUCCCUCAGACUCUAUCUGAGAACCAAGAGUGCCAUCUAGUGGCUUCAAAAAUUAAACUCAGUGGUUCAUGAAGCCUCAUACGUUCAUCACUAGUGGACGCACUGUACUGCCUUCAUUUUUCUCAACUGAUCUCAUAAGUGCUCGCUCCUGACAUUUGGAUUGUAAUUUAUUCUUCCCAAAAAAAUGUAUUUAUUGAAGGAAAACGUUUUAAAAAAGCUGUUUAGUGUCUAACCUGGAGGUUUUUGCAGGGCUCAAUUGUCUCAUCUGCCCCUGUUUUUGCUUGAUUUGCUGGAAAAUACUGCGGUUUUUUUGUGUGUACAGCCAAAGUUUCCUCCCACAGCUUUGUCAAUUUCUUUCUGUAAACAUUUAAAUCGAUUUGCUAAAUCCUGUGGAUGAGACAGCCUUUUUUCACUGCAAUAUUUAGGGAAAUGCAGCUUCUGCUUUAGGGAAGUGGUUUUAAUCAAACGUCUGAACAGUCAAUUCUAUAGAUG